GCUCGAUUCAUUCAAUUCAGAGGCACACAAACAAACUCAUACACAAAAAAACUGAACUUUUUUUUAGAAAAUCAAUUAUCUACUGAUUAAAACACUUUUAAUAACAAUGGGAACUCGAAGCGACUUCAACUUGAUGAAUUUUAGAACGUACUCUGAUUAUCUCAAGUCGUUCACAAAAGUCGAAGAUUAUCGUUACCUUUCAAGUAUGAACGUCAUUAGGUCCCUUGUGAAACUCGGUUACAGUACCAAUGCAACAGUGUACGAAGAGGAGGAGUUCUAUAAAAUUAAGAAACAUCUUUAUGAUUUGAUUAAUCCGAAGGCGGUCACAAGCAAAUUGUUUAGCCAAUACCUUGUGGGAGAUGAUCCGUUAUUAGUUGCUCUAGCAGAGCGUGAGCAAUGGAAUGUGCAGAAAAAGUUAUCGACGAUUAUUUUUCUACAGAUACGACAGAAGAAUGGCUUUGAUAUUUCGGGUUACAUUGACUAUGCCGAUAGUCUUCGCAACUGUGCAAUCCAUGCUUUUGGGGCAACCAAUUGGAAGGCUAUUUUUGAAGGUCGAAUUCUGCUGCGUCCCAAUCGCACCAAUUUGAGUUUCUAUGACUGGCACACGGGAACAGUGAGUUUCAAUAAUAGUGACAACUUUGAGACCAUGCAGUAUGGCACUACUUUGAUGUUUAAGCACUACGGAGAUCAUAAGAUUAUUCCCGUCACAAUCCUGGAGUCUGUCCAUAAGGAUAACGUUAAGCGUACAUUAAUUGAAUCGCCUUUGUACGAUAAUGUGGUCUUGUAUGAUCACAUUGUAAGGAAAGCUUCAUAGUUCUACAACAAUAAAGGUUUUUCCAAAAAAUAUACUUUUUUAACUAUAGUAAUUGACACUCAUGUCCAAAAUUAUUUGCCAUCUCCUUAUAUGAAAAGUGUUCUUUUUUACCACUACAUGAAAACGGGAGAUGCAAA